UCCGCGACAUCAACCUCUCGCUGUGGCGGCAGCCGGAGCUGGUCAAGUUCGACCGGAGCGUCUUCAUCAACCAGGGCGAGUGGGAGCUGCUCUACGUCCUCAGCCGCUUCCAGGAGUUCAGCGUCAAGAGCAGCGACAGCUACGCCGAGAUGAAGUUCUACGUAGUCAUCCGGAGACGUCCCCUCUUCUACACCGUCAGCCUGCUGCUCCCCAGCAUCUUCCUGAUGGUUAUGGACAUCAUGGGCUUCUACCUACCUCCCAACAGUGGCGAGAGGGUCUCUUUCAAGAUCACCCUCCUGCUGGGCUACUCGGUUUUCCUCAUCAUCGUAUCCGACACGCUGCCGGCUACCG